CUCACCGGCCAUGUUAAAUCGUCGAUGUUGGAUGACAGAAAUUCUUGAAAACUUUUGCGUGGAGUUUUUUUUGCUGUGGCUGGCUUUAAUGUUUGAUGGAGCAUCAGCCGUUUUACUUCUGCAAACUCUUCUUAGGGUCUCACCUUCAUGAAACUGUGACAGUAUGGCAGAACCUGAAAGCAACCUGAAAGUAAAACUCUUCAUUUCACUUAAGAAGCAGUUUCCUCGGUUACCUGAACAUGUUGUGCGGAGUGUGAUGAAGCAGUUCAACAAUGACAAGGAUAAAUGCCUGGAAGAGUUGAAUAAGAACCCUCUUAAUACUAUCAGCUCUGUGAAUAAUAGCAUGCAGAAAUUGAAUUUGGAAAUUAAAAAUACUGAUGUCUCACAAGCAUCGGUGACAUCCAAAUAUAAUAAAAAUAGCCCUGUUACUUCACAUUCACCAGAACUAAACUCAAAUCAAAUUGUUGAUUUCGAUCAAUAUAAGCAUGUUCCAAAUUCCAGUAUGAUUCCACAUAUUACCUGCAAAACAUCGACCACUCCCCAACGACAGAUUUCUGUUCAGCACAUUCAGACUUCUGAAGUAGAUCUGAACAGUUAUAAAUACAGCAUGCCACAAAUGUAUUGUAACUAUUCUAGCAGUCCACAUAAUGAUAAACUACACUGGCCAACUCUACAAAAGAACGCUGACCCACUAGUUAUGUCCACUCCUGUUGCUUCCAGUUCUCAGCAUUCUACUCAUGCUAAUAUUUAUAUCGAGGCCCACCCAAAUAUGAACAAAGGCCGAUUACUUGAAUAUGAUCACCAAGUUAGCAUGCUGCAUCCAGUAACUAGUACUUUGCACUCGCCUCAGCCGUCUCUGCAUGGAUCGCAGCCACCAAGUCCCUAUUCUCCGCAGUCUGUUACUGGAAACCACAGUCCACGUCUGGUUGGACAGUACGUUAACUCCAAGCACUCCCCAUCGACUCAAAUUUCUCAGCAAUUAGAUUAUCACCAGUUAGCUGAGUCUCCUUUCAAAUAUCAAUUUGCUAACAUGCAUGGUUAUGCACCUAGCGUUUCUCAACACCAACCUCCUAUUGCAAUAAACAGUAAAACAGCCUUACACUACAGACCAACUAAGAACACCUAUGUUCAUUCUGUUAACCCAAAUGUGUCUGGUUUGCCAUCUCAAUCUGAAAACUUAGUGUACCCUAUUGGAACUUCGCAAGAUGAUCAAGCUUACACUAAAGCUUUAUUAAACCACCAGCGUCAGAGAUAUGAGAAACUAUCAGAAGACUACAAUAAUCUAAUAAAGACAACUCAAGAAUUAAGUUCUGAAAUUGAUGCAAUUCAGAGAAACAAGACAGAACAGAAUAUACCAACUCCUGCUGACUUUUAUAAAAUACAAGCUGAAAUAGGAGGUAUGCUGAAGGAACUUGACGCUCACAACAAUGGACAAACACCCAUCGGAGUACUUGAUCCUUCAGAACAACAGAACUUUUAUAAGAAUAUGAACACUGGUCAGAGCGGAUCCUUAUUUGCUCGCGAAUUGACCCCCCCUCCUCUACCACCACGCCACCCUGAAACACCUCCGUCACUACCAAUGAAUGACUUUGAAGGAGAACACUGGAACUGUGCUGCCUGCACAUUUCUCAACCACCCGGCUUUGGAGAAGUGUGAGGAGUGCGAGUUCCCUCGUAAUUCCAAAGCUCCAUGAAACCCUGGAAACUCUGUUUUUGUUGAACUCUUGAAAAUCCUGCAUAAUGUUUUUGCUGAAACAAACGCCCCAAGGUUUCCGACCUACUCAUCCUCUUCAGAUGGUGAUGGAAAUUUGAAAGUUUCAUAUUUUCUCUCUCUCUUUUUUUUUUAAAAAAAAAAUUAUUUUUUUUGUUGCUCUAAAAUUGUCCAGCUCUUGUGUUCCUACAAUUAUAGUAACUCUAUUGAUGUUAAUCUGUGAUAAUUAGAUAUAAUAAAUAACAAAACAACCAGUUUAUACCUGCUCUCUCUUCUCUCCCUAUGAUAUGUAUGUGUACAAAUAUAUGUUUGUGAUUUUAUAUAUAAUGUAUGUAUAUCUGCCUCCGACAUUCCACCAGUGUUUAGAACUGAGUUUGGUGUCUUGGAGGAUGUAGUUGUCCAUUUCUGCAAAAACUUGUUGAAAUGACUUUAUAAAAACCCAUCUAAAGUCAAGUUCUUUUUAUUUUUAUUUUUAACCCCCCCCCCUCCUCACCUCCUGUAAUCCUCAAAUUUGAUGUUCUGUUUGAUAUUUUCCUUCAAAUCUUUAUUUCCAAAGUCUGUAUCUAAAGUCUGCUGCUAUUGCAUAUAACUGGAACUUUCCCCCCCCCCCUUUUUUUUUCUUAUCACUGUUUCUGAAAAUGUAGAAAUUGUAAUAACAAAAUUGCUGCUCCCCCUCACCAAAAAAAAAAAAAAAAAAAUUUAAAUAAACGAAGAAAAUCAGUUAAACAAAAAAGCUGCUUUAAAGUGGGUAAUAAAUUAGGGAGAGAGAGAAGAUCCCCAAACCAGAUCAUGACUUGCAUUGAAAAACAAUUCUUUUGUAUUUCACUUAUAUUUUUAUUCUAUGUCUUGUUUGUUAUAAAAUGUUUUGUAGUCAUGGCACUUUUGCAGAUAGUGCACACACACACAAACACCGCUCCUUUUUCUUUCUUUUUUUUUAAUAGGAAAUGAUAGUCGUCUUUCUUAUGCUCCCUGUAAAAUCUAAAAAUUAAGGAUAUAUUCUAAUAUUUGUGUAAAUAUUUGGAAGAAAUGUAUUAUAAAACAAUAAUGAUAAUAUAUUGUAAAACACGAAAUACUAAUAUUUGUGGUGUAAAUGCUGGAUUGAAUUCCAUUCUGCAAUUUUUAUUUUCUUUUGGUGUGUUCAAAGAAGAAAUAUCUAGAAAAAUAAAAAUAGUCAAAAUGAAGAAGAAUUUCUAGAAACAUGUCUCAAAAUAAAGAAUUAAUUGUGUGUGUGUGUGUUAUGAACAGUGAUUAAUUAGAGAAUGAAGAUAGCUAACAUUUAACUGUAAAAUAUUUAGAAUUAUUUUAGGAAGAUAUUGUGAAGGUUUUCUUAGGGGUGUGGGUCUGGUUGAUUUAUUAUUUUAUUAUCAUUCUUCUCAGGAUGUUUGCAAAGAACCAUUUUUCCCCUUCCUCUUAAUAUUUUAUCUGAAUUUACUAAUGUGAAAUGCUAAACUGAGAAUAAUGAACUUAUUGUAUACAAUGCUCAGGUGCACUACAAAGUGCUCAGGUUCAAUUUUAUGCAAAGUGUUUCGGUUUUUCUUUGGAAUCUGGUAUUAAGACAGUAGCAGAUGCAGUAUCAGUACAAAUAUAUUGUUAUAAUGAAACCUUGCAGAAUAUCAUUGGUCAGUUUGAGAAAUGAAAAACAAAUAAGAAUGACCAGUGAAUCAACUUAAAUUCUAACAAUGUUUUACAUCGACAUUUUGUUAAUUUUAUAAUUAAUUUACUAAGAAGUAUCUGAGUGAACUUCUUAAUUCAAAUGAGAAGAUACAAAAACAAGACUGGGAUAAUCUUGUUAAUUACAGUGCUUCGACCCUUUUGUUACCAUAUUUUUGUUGAUGUAUAUGGCCUUUGUUUCAAUUAAAUUUGAAAAUAAUGAAGGAUUUAGGGAAAUGACAAUUUUGUUGUUAUUAAGUUGGUGUUUGGAACUUGAAUUAACAUGAAAUUUUGAUGUAAGGUUUGAAUUUAGAUCAUUGUAAAACAAGAUGUUUGUAUCAAGGAACCAGGUGUGAUCUCUAGCAUGUUAGCAUGAAAAGGGUUAAAGUAAGUUUCUAUUAGCAAAAAAUGAUCCUUGUUGUACAGGCUCCCACGAACUGAGAUUCCCUACUCCUGGUGGAUGACACCUUUCCACCACCCAGGCUACAACCCUCCAACCCAAUCUGUCCUCCAGAGCUUUCCCCAUUAGGUGGAUGGGUGUCUUGGUGUCUGUGCCCCAACCAUUUCAUACAAUAUGCUUUAUAGGUGAUCACGGUACUUCUCCAGGGGAGAGGACUUGUUAGAUCUGUUUGGGUAGUCAUUGCUGGUGAGGGUUUUAUGAGGUCAAAGUGCAAAUGCUACCUCAACUUUUUUUAAGUCUCUUUUUAUGACAAGCAGAGGAAAUGUUGGGUCUAUUCUUUGGCAUGCUAGUCUCCACACAGCAUUCUACUGUUAGACAAAAAAGAGCGUAUCAAAGUCUUUGAAUAUAAAUUGAUUGGAUACCAAACAAUCAUCUUCAACUAAUUAAUUGAUCAUUGUCAUUAACAAUUCUCAUAUAACUUUCGCCACAUUGUAGACUUUCUCCAAAAUAUAAAGUCUACAUAGUUCUUUAACACGUUAACUACCACUUGUACCAUCAGCAGUUUGUCACAAACUUCACACAACCGCCAUAUACACCACCGGUGGUACAUUUUCAUAAUUUGAGAAAAUAUUUUGUUCUGUAUCUUUGACAUGGUUUUGAAGAUAACAACAUGAGUGUUAAUUAUUAAAGUUUAUUUAUGAAAUAUUGUAAAAAUACAAAAAAAAAAUUACAUUUGUAAUCAAACAGCAUGCAGUGUAACUACGCAAAAUAUGUGGUGUAACAAGUGAGUUCCAGUAACAGGCCAUGGUGGUUAACAUGUUGUUUCUUUUGUUACAAAAAUCCCUAUUGAAUU